AAUGCUUGCCCUCGUUUUUCAGAAUUUAGACUCGUCCCUCACUCUGACUCGCACCUUUCACUCUCGUCUCAUCUCGUCUCUCGCCAGCCAGCCGCCGGCUACUCUUUGCAUCUCCAAUCAUCGGCGCUCGCUCGUUACAGGAAGAUGAUGAGAUCAACAGUGCUCAAGAAACUGAAGCCCUCCAACCCGUCCCUUGACUCCUUCGCUCACCAACUCCUCCAGAGAUGCUCCGUGAGCGGGACUGCCAAGGGCAAAGCCAAAAUCAAAACCGGGCAGCCGCUAAAGCGAUCUAAGGUCACCACCAAAAAGGGUUCCCUCGAACCCUCCAAGAAGGAAGGUCCCCGUAGGCAAUCCCCGUUUGACGAGAUGGUCGAUCAAUGCCUAACCGCCACGUCACCACUCCGGUUCCUGAAGCCCAAGGAAAAAGCCCGGGAAGCCGAGCGUGAGAAAAUGGGCCUCAUAAGCAAGUCCAACGAGCAGGCCAAGGAGAAGCUCAAGAAAAAGGCGAAGGAGGAUGAAUUCGCCUCUCCGUGGAUAAUGGGUACGCCUGGCAUGGAUUUCAUCACUUUGGGUUUGGUCGAUGCCGAUAAAAUACCCAAAUACGAUCUUAAUGUGGAGGAUGGGCGGCGGCUGGCUAAGGAGUACAGUCGAGUGCUGAUGAGGAAGCACAGGGCAAGGCAGGCAGCCGAGACGAACCUGUUGAGGUGUAAAAAGGAGGCUAUCGAAGCCUUGCCGGAGGAUCUUAGGGCGGCAGCUCUGGUGCCGGAUUUGAGCCCGUUUCCGGUGAACAGAUUCAUGGCCACACUUACGCCACCAAUUGAGGGAUCGAUGAGGCAGCCAGGAAGAGUGCAGCCAAGGAGAAGCUCAGAUGAUUGUGAGGAUUACCCUCUCAUGCUGUGUGUGGUUCAGAAAAUCGUUGUUGGACAAACCAGUUGAAGCUGCUCACCUAGUUCAUAAGUUUUUUUAUCAUUUCUUUGUUGUCUCCUUCUAGUUCGGUUUACAUCUUCAAUAUUCUCUCUUCUACAAGACCGUAGACAAAGUUGUAAUGUAGCCUGUUUUUGCGCUACCUUUUCCUUGAAUUUGAAUGUGUGAGUCGUAUAAUGUGCUCUCUGAUCCCUACUUGAUCCAUCUUUUAUGGCAAUGGCUUGUCUUGCUACUAUUGUUGUCAACACUGCCUCAAAGUUGGACUUAAGCGGGUUUAGUGUGGUUAUUGGAAUUCAAUAUAUUCGUUCUGUGUUUGGCUCGUUACCAAUUGAUUUGAAAGAGAAAUGGAAAUAUUUAGGUCUUGUUUCUGAG